UACUGCUACUGCUGCUGCUGCUGGAGGUUUGAUUGACAGGCAACAUGUCGGUGCGGCGAGAGCGAGCCGGGAUGCAGCUGCUGGCUGAGGAGACGGUGAGCACCUGCUCCCAAUGCCUCCAGCAGCUUUAAGGACAGACACUCCGGCGCACCCCGGACCGAUGUCUCCUGCCGAGCUCGGCGUCUGCGGUAUUCCUCUCGGCGCAUGGAGGUAACCGAGGGAAGCGCUUGCCACUGAUUCUUCUUCUUUUUUUCUCCUGGCGAAUUUCUUCAUUUCUCGUGUCUGACUGAAACCCCCGGCAUCAGCAUCACACUACCUGAGCAGCUGAUCUCUGGCAGGAGACCGUAUGGGAUCGCUGGAAUGGAGUCGCCUUCUAAAUAAUUCGCGUGGGGAAUAAUCUUCACCCCCACCCCUUUGAUUUUUUUUUGUGUGUUUUUUUUAUUACUAAAAGUGUUUGUGUAUUUUUAGACACAAAUAUAAAAAACACCCCACGCAAACUAUGGAUGAGGAAAAUAUGACGAAAAGCGAGGAGCAGCAUUUGAGUUUGCAGAAAGCCUUGCAGCAGUGCGAACUGGUCCAGAACAUGAUCGACAUUAGCAUCUCUAGUCUGGAGGGGCUCAGGACCAAGUGUGCCACAUCCAACGACUUGACACAGAAGGAGAUAAGGACUCUGGAGGGUAAACUGGUGAAGUACUUCAGCCGGCAGCUCUCCUGCAAGCGAAAGGUGGCUCUUCAGGAGCGUAACGCAGAGCUUGAAGGAUUUCCACACCUAAUGCACUGGUUUCGCAUUGUGAAUAUGCGCAAGGAAGUCACAGAGCAGAUCGCCCCAGGCCAGCUGACCUUGGAAGCCUUGCUGGAGAUGACAGAUGAACAGGUGUGUGAGACGAUCAAGAAAUAUGGAGCCAAUGGAGAAGAGUGUGCACGCCUGAAUGCCUCCCUGUCCUGUUUAAGGAAUGUCCACAAAUCAGGUAACAGCCAUUCCAAGCAGGAUUGGACCAUCCAGUGGCCGACAUCAGAAACUGGCAAGGAGAACAAUCCAGUUAGUCAACCUGAGCCAAGCCAGUGGAUCCGAUUCCACUUGUCCCAGAGCCCCAAGGUCCAGUCCAAGUACAACCAGCAUUACUGCCACAGCCCCCAGACACUGGCACCCAACUACACACAUGUGGACAGAUUAACAGUGGAAGGGCAUUCAGGACUCUGCCCCCCUGUAGAAAGUGGGCCCCGCUCCUUGCCUCCUUCACCACGGCAAAGACACUACGCACAUACGCCUCCGAGAACGCCACCAGUUGUGACAACCAUGACUCCACCAGGCACUCCGCCAAUAAGGAGAAGGAAUAAGAUGAAGGCUCCAGGGACUCCCCCACCUGCAUCACGGAAGCUGAUCCAUCUCUUACCAGGCUUUACUGCACUACACCGGAGCAAAUCUCAUGAGUUCCAACUGGGAAAUCGAGUUGAUGAAGUACAUACUCCAAAGGCAAAGAAAAAGAACAAACCCCUGAACCUCAAGAUCCACAACAGUGUGGGAAGCUGCGAGAACAUCCCUUCCCAACGCUCUCCUCUCCUCUCCGAGCGCUCUCUGCGUUCUUUCUUUGUGGGAUAUCCAUCUUUCCUCCCUUCUACUCCUCCUGUUCACACAGAAGCCAAUUUCUCUGCAAAUACACUGUCAGUGCCUCGAUGGUCCCCACAGAUUCCCCGCAGAGAUCUGGGAAAUUCAAUAAAACACAGAUUUUCUACAAAGUACUGGAUGUCCCAGACAUGCACUGUAUGUGGGAAAGGAAUGCUGUUUGGAUUGAAAUGUAAAAACUGCAAGUUGAAGUGCCACAACAAAUGCACCAAAGAAGCUCCACCUUGUCAUUUACUUAUUAUUCAUCGUGGAGCACGUCUUGUUCGAACUGAAUCUGUGCCAUGUGAUAUAAAUAACCCCCUCAGGAGACCGCCCAGGUAUUCGGACUUGCACGUCAGCCAAACUCUCCCCAAAACCAACAAAAUUAACAAGGAUCACAUCCCUGUACCAUAUCAGCCAGAUUCCAGCAGCAAUCCCUCAUCUACAACCUCUUCAACGCCAUCUUCACCAGCACCUCCACUGCCUCCCAGUGCCACACCACCCUCUCCACUUCACCCUUCUCCACAGUGCAACCGACAGCAAAAGCAGUUCAACCUAACAGCUUCACAUUACUUCAAGUACAAACAACAGUUUAUCUUUCCAGAUGUCACACCAGAGGCACCCAGCCGAGCACCACAAGUGAUUCUUCAUCCAGUCAACUCUGACUCCACAAAUAAUGGGAAUCCUCUGCUUCAAAUUGAAGUUGAACCCACGUCAGAGAAUGAAGAUGGUAAUGACGAGGCAGAGGACUCAGAAGAUGAAUUUGAGGAAAUGAAUCUUUCCCUCCUCUCAGCCCGCAAUUUUCCCCGAAAAGCCAGCCAGACCAGCAUCUUUUUACAAGAAUGGGACAUCCCUUUUGAACAGCUGGAGAUCGGAGAGCUGAUCGGGAAAGGACGUUUUGGACAGGUUUUUCAUGGCCGCUGGCAUGGGGAAGUAGCCAUCCGGCUAAUUGAUAUUGAACGGGACAAUGAGGACCAGCUUAAAGCCUUUAAAAGAGAAGUCAUGGCUUAUCGCAACACUAGACAUGAGAAUGUUGUGCUCUUCAUGGGGGCCUGCAUGAGCCCACCACAUUUAGCUAUUAUUACAAGCUUGUGCAAAGGGAGGACUUUAUACUCUGUAGUGAGAGAUGCCAAAAUCGUCCUGGACGUCAAUAAGACAAGGCAGAUUGCUCAGGAGCUGGUGAAGGGAAUGGGCUACCUCCAUGCUAAAGGAAUUCUUCAUAAAGAUAUGAAGUCAAAAAAUGUAUUCUACGAUAACGGGAAAGUCGUCAUUACAGAUUUUGGACUUUUUUCUAUAUCAGGAGUUCUGCAGGCUGGCAGCAGGAGGGAAGACAAAUUAAGGAUCCCCAAUGGCUGGCUGUGUCAUCUGGCUCCAGAGAUCAUCCGUCAGCUUUCGCCAGACACAGAAGAAGACAAACUCCCCUUCUCCAAGCACUCUGAUGUGUUUGCAUUUGGGACAAUAUGGUAUGAGUUACAUGCACGAGAGUGGCCUUUCAAAAGUCAGCCUGCUGAAGCAAUCAUAUGGCAAGUUGGAAAUGGAAUGAAACCAAACCUCAGUCAGAUUGGCAUGGGGAAGGAAAUUUCUGACAUCUUGCUUUUCUGCUGGGCGUUUGAACAGGAAGAGAGACCGACCUUCUCCAAGCUGAUGGAAAUGCUUGAAAAAUUGCCAAAACGGAACCGGCGGCUUUCCCAUCCAGGACACUUCUGGAAGUCAGCUGAGUAUGUCAAAUGAGUUAGGAUCCCUCCCGCAGAUAUUAACAGGGUGGCCUCCCUGAGUAGAUGGUGGUCAGUGUAACUGAAGACAUUUUGAUCUGCUGCCAGACACUCACAUUGAACUUUUAUAGUCUAUCUCUGACCAACCACUCGAUGAAUGUGUACACUUUGGUUUUCUCACAUACCAUUCUACUAUCAAAGACAGCAUUUUUUGUGAUAACUAUGUAUUUGUCUCUAUUUAUUUGAUUGUUAAUUUAUUGGGAAUAUUGCAUAUUGCUGUAGGUGUACUUUCUCCAGCGCUUUUGUUCUCUGAUUUUUUCCUAAAAGAUUGAAUGGCUUAAUGCAGUCUGGUCAUGUUGUGGACCAAAGGUCCCUAUGAGCAGCAAUACAAAUUUCAGUAAAUAUCUCCUUUAAACACAGCAUGAAGAAACCAAUAUUUCCAGAUUCUUAGUGCACGUCUACAUGCUCGGUGAAUUAAAUGGAAAUUGUGAGUAUUGUAGUGUUCAUAAGUCAGCACAAAUGUCUGUAAAUAACACAUAGCUGUAGCCUCAAUGUUUUUGUUUCACAGAAGCGUAACUCUUGAAAGACAAAAUUCCUUCCUUUGCAUUCAUUGUUCAAUGCACAAAAUUAAUCAUCUUAGUUGAAAGUUUGAGAAGAAAGCCUGAAUAGGACUGAACAGGUAAAGAUGGGCAGUGACAAAAUCUGUUCUUGUUUCAUUUCACUUGCCAUAAUGCCUUAAUCAUUAACUAUUUUACUUUGUUUUGAAUGGUUUUCCUCCCACAGAAACUUGGCAUCAUAUCCAAGGUUAGUUCCUGCUUUACAACUGGGUGCCAUUAGAAUAGGCUCCUGCUUCCUGUGACCUUUAGCUCUAGAAUGUUAAAUUAUAUAAGUGUUUAUUUCAAACAGUUUACUUUUAAUAUGACUGUUGGACUGUAGCAAUGGCUGUAUUAAAGGUAAGAACAAUUUCCAGUCUUAUUGAAAACACAUAUCAACCAAAAUAAUGAGCACGUUAAUGCUGAUUUCUUUUAUUGAAUUAAUGCAUGGAUAUAUCUUUUAUAGGACACUCCAAAGACCUUACUAAAGUACAAUAGCUCAAUCCACAGUAAUUUCCAGAGAUGGCUGUUAAAGUUCAUUUGGGUGUAUGCAGGGUCACCCUAUGAAUAAGCCCUACCUGGAGUUAGAAUGCUAUUGCAACCUUGGAUCUCUUUAUUGUUAUUGCAAAAUUCGAUCAUUAUAACAAUCUAUGAAAUUGUGUGUAUCAGCCCAUAUCUGGUAAUUAACCAAAGAAGGAAAUAAAAGUUUAAACACACAAACAGACAUAACAAACAAAAUGGGGCUGGUUGAUCCCCUCAUACCCAAGCAGUUUGGCCCAGCACUUUCUGCCUUACAGUUGAAUUAAUGAUGCUUAAUUGUACAUUAAGAUGCCUGGUCUCAUUUUGGAAAUUGAAUUUAGUUUUAGGGUCCAUAAAAAUGUGAAAGAUAAAUGCUUCUGAGAAUUAUUUGUUAAUUUAUCUCAUAAUGACUUAAUGGUCACAUGAGGUUCUUCACAUAGGGUUGCAUACUGCUUAUACAGUCUGGUUUUUGCCUGUUGUUUACUUCACAGCCAAGCGUUUUCCUCCAGACCUUUCCUGGACGAUACACAUCAUUGUAACUGCCAACUGACACUGCAUACUUAAGCAGAAACACAUCACAUUUUUUAUUUACUUUUAUUUGUUUAUUUUAUAAUUUGAUUUGAUGUAAGAAGUUCUUGUGAUUCUUACAAAUGUUUUAAUUUCCUUUGACUUUUUUUAUACUUUGUUGGUUCAAUCAUAUUUUACAAUAAUAUAUUUGCCUUUUUUCUUUAUUUUUCAUGUUCUUUGUUUUCUAAAUUUGUCAUUUUGCCACCUGCUGUUUGGAACAGAAGAGCCUGGCCGUAAAUGAAAGCUGGCAUGGAA